UAAAACUGAUUUUCUCCAGAUAGAGAGAGCUUCUGGCUCUGGUUCCACGGCAGAGGAAGAACGGAACCAUGGCGACAACUCAAUCGCUGCCUCCUUUGAUCGCCGUCUUCUUCCUGUCAGCGGCGGUGAUCGAGUUCGCCUCCGGUCGGCUCAUAGUGGAGAAGCAGAAUAUCAGCGUCAUCUCGCCCAAGUCCAUCAAGGGCCGCUAUGAAGCGGCGAUGGCCAACUUCGGCGUGCCCAACUACGGCGGAUCGUUGACCGGCGUCGUGGUCUACCCUGAGAAAGGCCACACCGCGUGUGCUGCCUUCGACGGCGUCCGCUUCCGUUCCAAAUCGAAGCGGCCAGUGAUUCUGCUCGUCGAUCGAGGAAGAUGCUAUUUCGCCUUGAAGGCGUACAACGGCCAGCAAGCCGGCGCGGCGGCGGUGAUCGUCGCAGACAACGUCGACGAGCCUCUGUUAACCAUGGACGCCCCUGGAUUCAAGCUCCAAGACGUUAUUGACCGAAACAACAACGAGUUCAUCGAGAAGAUCAACAUCCCCUCCACGCUCGUCACCAAGGAGUUCGGCGACGAACUCAAGGCGGCGGUGGCGAAGGCGGGCGACGAGGAGGUAGUAAUCAAGAUGGACUGGACCGAGUCGGUGCCCAACCCGGACAGGCGAGUCGAGUACGAGUUCUGGACCAACAGCAACGACGAGUGCGGCGAGCGGUGCGACGAGCAGUUAGAGUUCGUGAGGAACUUCAGGGGCAACGCGCAGCUGCUGGAGAAGGGAGGGUUCGCCCGGUUCACGCCCCACUACAUCACCUGGUACUGCCCAGAGCCUCUGCGGCAGAGCCUGCAGUGCCAGGCGCAGUGCAUCAACCACGGUAGGUACUGUUCCCCCGAUCCGGAGAGGAACAUUUGGGCCGGGUACACUGGGAAGGACAUCUUGGUGGAGAACCUGCGCCAGAUCUGCGUGCACCGAGUGGCCAACGAGACCGGCCGACCGUGGGUCUGGUGGGAUUACGUGACCGAUUUCAGCAUCAGGUGUUCGAUGAAGGAGAAGAAGUACACCAAGCACUGCGCAGAGCGAGUUGUCACCUCUCUUGGUUUGUCGUUGGACAAUGUUUUAAAAUGUAUGGGGAAUACUGAAGAUGAUGUCGAGAAUGAAGUUCUAAAGAGGGAGCAAGAACUCAGGCUUGGUCAUGGAUCUCGUGGAGAUGUUGCUAUCCUGCCUACCUUGGUUAUUAACGACGUCCAAUAUCGAGGAAAGCUAGAGAGAACAGCAGUGUUGAAGGCAAUUUGUGCAGGAUUUGAGGAGUCAACUGAGCCUCCUGUUUGCUUAAAUCCAGAUAUUGAGACAAAUGAGUGCCUAGAAUCCAAUGGUGGUUGUUGGUAUGAUCUGCAGCUGAACAUUACUGCUUGCAAAGAUACUUUCAGAGGUAGGAUCUGCGAAUGCCCUGUAGUAAACAAUGUUCAGUUAAGCGGGGAUGGUUAUAACUCUUGCACAGCUGUGGGUCCAGGGAGAUGUGCAAUUGACAGCGGAGGUUGCUGGUCAGGCACGAAGGAUGGACGAACAUUCUCUGCUUGCCAAGAUAGAGAUUUGAAUAGUUGCAAGUGUCCAAGUGGAUUUCGCGGCAAUGGAUCCGACUGCAAAGAUGUGGAUGAAUGCAAGGAGAAGCUUGCAUGCAACUGCCCCGAGUGCUCUUGCAGGAAUACUUGGGGUGGAUACGACUGCAAGUGCCAAGGAAACCUUUUGUACAUCAACUCUCAGGACACAUGCAUAGCUAGAAGUGAAUCAAAAUUUGGAUGGUCUCUAUCAUUCAUUGCUCUCGCACUUGUUGUUUCUGCUGCAGUAGGGGCCUAUAUUUUCUACAAAUACAGAUUCAGGUCGUACAUGGAUUCUGAGAUCAUGGCUAUCAUGUCGCAGUACAUGCCUCUUGACAAUCACCAGAAGGAGAUGACCCAACCCCUAAGGGAAAAUACAUUGGAGUAAUAAGGGUUUAGUGUCAUUGUAGAUACACACAUGGAUGAAGAUUACAGGUAUAGGUUGGGAGUAGUCAUGAUAAGAUAGAAAUACCUCUGCACAAACAAAGGACUUCUUGUAUGGAACAAAGUGUAUCAGGUAAUGAAGAAGAUAUGGGACGAGAACAUAGAAUGGUUGUCACAAAGAACAAUAAGUGUUGUAUCAUCAUAUAUUAGAAAAGGAUUUAAUUAUAGUUAAGAAAUUCUCCUAUACAUUUUAAGGAAUUUUUGUAUGGUUAUGGGAAUUUUGCAUCUAUAUUGGGUGUGAGGUUUCAAGAAACUCAAGCCUCAUCUCCGAAAGAGAUCAAAUUGGAGAAGCUUGAUUUGGUAGAAAUCAGUACAACAGUCAACUUUUAUUGGGGUUUUAUUUAA